AUGUUGGAGAUAAAAUUGGUUUUGUUUUGGCAUGAUUUUCAAUGUUACCAUUUAUUUAUAUUGUUUUUUCUAUGCGCAUUAAUUGUAUUUCGACGUGAUAUACAAACGAUUAUGUAUUUCGGUGGUUUUUGUAUAUCGGAAGUGUGUAAUUAUUCUCUUAAAAGAUUUUUUAAACAAGCACGACCUGAAAGAAUUAGUCAAGUAGUGUCCUUAUGGACACAAAGUUCUUCAGUAUAUCUUCAUUAUCAUACUAUUGCACAAGUUGUUGCCGGUGCAUUUGUUGGAAUAGCAUUAGGUUGUGUUUGGUAUUAUUUUGUCAAUUAUUAUUUUACGAAAUAUGUUCCAUUUAUAAUUGAACAUCCAUUUGGAAAAUAUUUACUUAUUCGUGAUUAUGCACCAAUACCUCGUCUUAUUGAUUUUCAAUAUGAAAAUGAAUAUGCUGAAGCUAAGUAA